AUGGACGAUGCUUCAAAUUCAACCGCUAUUCCAAAAAAGAAGCUCCAUACUUAUUUAGAAGAAUUAUUCAAGAAAAAGAGUUCUGUCAGAGAAAACGCACUAAAGAUAUUGGUUAAGCAAUUUCAGACCAAUGUCCAUUACGAAUUUGUUGAAAAUAAUUUUGUCACUUUGAUACAUCGAUGCCAAAAUUGCUUGAAACGGGGUUCAGCAUUGGAGAUUGAUUUAGCAUUACAACUGAUAGGAUUUGUUGUUUUGACUCUUGGUGCCGGUGAUAAUGCACAUGAGGUGUAUGAAGAAUUGCUUAUGUUAGUUCCUGAACUCCUCAUCAAGUCCAAAUUAUCUCACGCGAUCAAGGUGUUCGAGUGUUUGUCUAUUGUCACUUUUGUUGGUGCCAAAGACUUUGUAGACACCGAAAGAUCAAUGGAAAUUAUAUGGCAAUUCUUGAAUCAAGAAACCAAACAUCCAUCCUCUGUGGCGGCUGCAGCAAUAUCAGGUUGGGUUCUCCUUCUUUCAGGCAUCGAUCGAUGGAACGUUAGUCCCAAAAAGUGGAAAGAAUCGAUCCCGUUUCUUCUGAAACAAUUAGAGGAAGAUGAUGAACAUGUUAAUGUUGCUAGCAUUGAAGCGCUAGCUUUGAUUUUUGAAAUUGGCAGUCUUGAGAAAUUUUCAAAUCAAGCCAGAGAAUACGCAAGCAUGAAGGACAUGAAAGAUGGGAUAAUGGAGCAUGUAAAGAGAGUAUGCAAUGGCACCAAACAAGACACUUCAAAAAUUCUCGAGGAUGAUUACGAUAAGACAGUCAUCCUCACAUUAGGCAGAACAAGUCUCACUUUUAGUACCUGGUCAAAGUUGAAACAGAUGAGUUGUAUAAGGAAAUUUUUAGGCAACGGUUUCAAAAAUCACAUGAAGGAAAACAAACACCUCCACAACGUUUUUCAUUUUACACCAGCAACGAAAUGCAGUGAUGAUUUAGAACUGUACAAACCUGAGUUUGAAGAGGUGGUUUUUCGAGUUUUUGUACCUGAAGUUAGAAGAGAAAAUUGUGCAAACAGGAUUCAUAAGUCCCAUAAUUCUCUACUGAGCAAGGGAAGGACUAAGUUGCGGAACAAGUACAGAAGUCUUGCAGAGGAGACCAAGGCUGGGCACAUUGCUGAUGAAGAGUUUGACUGA